AUGGUCGCGAAAUUCGAAGGAGCAACCGCUACACCCGAGAAAUCAGACAAGAUGUCUGACCACGGAGAUUUCGAUCUCACCCCCUCCUCUUCGCCCGUUGCCGACAAGGGCAAGGGCAAGGCGUCGUUUGAUGAGUCUACUGAUAUCACCGCUGCUUCUGUCGCGACUGGUGAUGCUUCUCAGCCCGAGAAGAAAAAGUCCGCUCGAGAGAUUGCCGACCUGGAGCUUCUCAAGAUGGAGAACUACUUCAAUGACGAGUCCCUUGCGCGCUCUCUCGACAACUAUGUUGCUCCGAAGCACAUUCACACCAAGGUCAAGGUCCUUCCUCUCGAGGAAGACGAGGGCGUCUCCAUGGUGAAGGCUGCUAAGAUUGAACUGUGGAACAAGUUGGCUUCGCUCAAUGAGGCCUUUGAGAAGCGCCACCCGUCUGCCAAGGAAGAGCGUCUCGCCCAGGAAGCUGCUUUCGCUGCUACCAACGCUCGUCUCGACGAAAUUUUCGGAGAGUCAUCCAGGCAGGGCGUUCUGAACGAAGAGACCAAGAAGUCCACCCGUGCCGAACGCAGAGCCGAGCAAAAGGCCCAGAAGAAGGCCGACAAGAAAGCCCAAAAGGCUCGCAAGGGUGAGAUUCCCGUCGCUACUGCCCCUCAGGCUGUCACUCCGCCCACCCUUGAAGAGCACACCACCAAGGAGGCUUCGCUUCGCGAGAAGUAUCCAGAGAUCUACGCAAAGAUUGACUACUGGCGCGCUCUUGGUACUGCCAAGAAGCCCUCCGACCUUCACGAUCCUGCCGACUCUGGCAGUGAGUACACCGACGACGCCCACUCUGAUGACGAUUCGCUUCUUGAAGCUCCUUCUCAGCCUGUGACCCACGAGACCCAGACGGCCACCACCGAUGGUCAAGCCGCGGAGAGCAAAAGCCAGACGAAGGAGGCCUCUACCGAUGAUGAUUCUUCUUCUUCGGAUGACGAUGACUCAAGCACUGGCUCGUCCAACGGCGAUCCGUUCCACUUGAACAAGUACCUCACGCCAGAGUAUCAGGCAAAGGCCCAGGCUUAUCUCAAGGCCUUCGACGAGGCUCAGGCUCAAGUUACAGACAAGCCUACCGAUAAGCCCGUCUACGGACCCGCUCCUCCACCUUCCUUCACUCAGUCCGGGGGAAAGACCAUCGCAGGCAAGCCGAUUGCCAUGGAUAACCGUUCCCAGAAAACCGUGGAAAGCGACGAGUCUUACACCUUCAUCCAGAGAGACCCGAAGGAGGUCGAUGCGUUCUAG